GUCGUUGUUCCAAUGAUGAGAAAGGGGAUGCUCUGGCCGUGUUCUUCUUUAGGGCUUUYGUAAUUAUUGAUAUUAUUUAAUGCCUCAUCAAUCUCUCGGGAUUAGUGUUUGUCUCCAUUUUUGGGAAUCUGGGUCUUCCUCAAAUCUUCUUCUUAACCCACUUUUAAUCUUCUGGUUUCUACUUCAAGGUUGCCCCCCACUACAAUCGCACAUCAUUGUUCCUUCUCUGAUCUUUCUUUUAGCAAUUUGUACUUUCAACUCUCAUUCUGAAAGUGGGGUUGUGAAAUUCUGAUGAUUUUUGGGCUUUGAGAUGACAUAUUUUCCAAGUUUAAGCAAUAAUCGAAGAGACGCCAUGUUGGGAGACCAGAAGCUUGGUUCUUCUGGCCAAGAACAGCCUCUCUGUUCUGGAAAUUUGAUGAUGUUCAUGAAUCAGGACCCUUCUUGCAGGGAUUACUCAGAGAUUUUUUCUGGGGUUUCUUCAAAUUUUGUUGGAACUGUGGGAGAGAGAAGUGAAAUGGCUUUUGUUCCACCGGUUGUGGGGAUUUUGGAUGACUCUAAUUUCCAAUGUCAGGGCGUUUCACUUAGCCUUUCCACCCACUCUCCUAAUUCUGUUGCUUCCAUGCCUUCAUUUCCUCCCCAGUAUCACCCCUCUGCUUUGGCUUCCUCGUUCAUGAAUACCCCUCCUUYGAUCUUCGAGAAGAGGCCGAACCCGAAGGCUUGUGUAUCUGGUGCGAAACACGGCGUGUAUAUGGCUGCGGGUUCGGCAAACUUGACGUUGGAUUCGGUAUACGUCGAGGCUGCACAGCAGUUGCUCGACGAAAUGGUUAGCAUCCGAGAAGCUUUGAAGGAGCUUAGGUCUAGGAAACUCAAAGGUUCCAAUGGUUUGGGUGCUGAUUGCUGCAGAGAGAAUGAUGGGGGAUCUAAUGAUCCGGCUGGGGAGAUGUUUUCCGAUCCGAGGGAGUCGUCGAUCGCCAAUCCGUCCAGCGAUCUAUCGCCURCCGAACGGCAGGACUUGAAGAACAGAAACUCAAAGCUUAUGUCCUUGUUGGGUGAGGUUGAUCGAAGAUACAAGCAAUAUUACCAACAGUUGCAGUUUUUGGCAUCGUCUUUCGACAUGGUAGCAGGUCGUGGGGCUGCAGAGUUCUACACUGCGCUUGCGCACCGAACUAUUUCGUGCCACUUCCGCCGCUUGCAGGAUGCAAUCAAUUCACAGAUUGAGGUCACCAAGAGAGCCUUGGGAGAGCAUGAUGCCUCACAUCCUGGUCAAGAAGGCAUUCCCCGUCUCCGCUUUGUCGACCAACAGCUCAGGCAACAGAGGGCCCUUCAGCAACUCGGUGUCACGCCACAUAGUUGGAGGCCUCAACGGGGGCUUCCCGAAAGCUCUGUGUCGAUUCUUCGCGCUUGGCUGUUCGAACACUUCCUCCAUCCAUAUCCCAAGGAUUCAGAGAAACUUAAACUAGCAAGACAGACUGGCUUGACUAGAAAUCAGGUUGCAAAUUGGUUCAUAAAUGCACGUGUUCGACUAUGGAAACCGAUGGUCGAGGAGAUGUACAAAGAAGAAUUCGGAAGAGAUUCAAACUUAGACCUCAAAUCCUCACCAGAAAAUGCAUCCAAAGCAUCAUGGAACACUUCACUUCUCGGAGACGAGUUGCACGACAACACGAAAUGCAGCGAGCGAGUCGUAUACCGCCCAUGUUCCAACGACGACAUGAUCAGGUCCAGUAACUUCUCGGUCGGGGGAGACGUUUCGCUUGCUCUAGAGUUGAAGCACUGUGAAGGUGAUGAAUUUGGCAUGUUUGGCAGUAACAACAGAAUGGUUGGUUCUGUAGAGCUUGAGCCACAAGAUUUUCCUUGCCUAGAGCCAGAAAGGCCUCAUCRAUGCAGGCUCACCAGUUCAAAUAUGUUGCAUGAUUUUGUAGUUUAAUUUGAAACUUUGUGAUCUCAUUUCAUGGAAAAGAUAAAAUUUUUAAUAUAGUGUAUAUAAUGGUAUGGUGCCAACUAAUUGGUACUUAUAAAGGUAUAGAUUUUGUUGGGGAACUGGGGAUAUACUUGCAAAUAAGUGUAAUUUGUUUGGAUUUUUCCAUACAAGGAAGCUUGUAAUGUAACACAAGAACUCAAGUUUUUUCAUACUAAUAGAAAAUAAUUGUAAUUUUUUACU